AUGUUUCCCAAAUAAAUUCAAUAUACUCAAUCUCAAAAGACGAGUGAUUAUAGCUUAUCUAGUUAACAAUUUAACUAGAGACCUUUUCGAUAUGAAAAUCAAUAAUCAGUUAAAGCGUCUUGGUAAAAACUUAAACCAAAUGAAACUGACAAUGAUCCAAUAACAAAACGUGAUAGAACAGUUAAAUCAAUAGUAAUCAAUAAUUAGUAUAUUAGACUGUCUUAUAAGAAAUAUUUAGCUGCACUAAUUAAAAAAAACUGAUAAAAUUAGUUAGUUCAUUUCUAUAAUCAGAACACUAAUUAACAUAAAUUACUGAGUAAUUGGACAAAUAGCAAAUAGUUUCACUCUUCUUUAAAAUUCAUCAGAUGCAAAGUCCAUAACUUGUGUAGUUUUUACAUUUACUUUAUGAUUCUCUAUUUUCAUUAGAUUCAUCAGUUAGUUCUAAGAUUUACACUAAUCAAGAUGUUCUUAAAUAUAUGAUUCUAUUAAAUUAUGAAUAAAUUUAAGGACAAGCAGGAUAAUUGACUAGAAUACUUGAAAUUUUAUCAGAAAUGCAGAAUCUGAAUCCUGAUUUUUAAGUAUUUGAAGAAGAGUUUUAAAUUGAUAUGGAAGAAGUAAAAUAUUAAUUAUUAUAUAGAUUUCAAAUUCAUUUAAUAGAGUAUAAUUACGAAUUCUAUUUUUGGUAAGUUCCAUCGAUAUAUUAAGAGCUUUGAAAGGUUCAGUAGGUUUAUUUGAAAGAUUAGAAUAAUUUGUGUUUUCAUAAAUCAAGAAUAGUUAAAUACCAAAUAUUAGUGAUAUGUAAACUCUUAUUUAUGCUUAUAUACUCUUAAGUGAAUAAUUAGAUAUUGCUAAUAAACUUGGUUAUUCAAAAUAAGCUGUAGAGAUUAUAGGUAAGUCUUCUGAUUAUUCAAUAUAUGAAUUAAAAAGAAGAUUUAUGAAUAAUGCAUUAAGAUUAUCAUAAAAAUAUUUAGGUUCUUAAGUUUAUGAUUAAAUAUCUAGUAUGAAUAGAUCAUUCAGUCCUGGAUUCAAUAAAUAAUAAAUAAAUCAUUUUAAUUAAUCAGAAAAUGUAUCCUAUUAAUUUUUAGUUAAUCAAUUAAAAAUGGAUUACACUCUAAAUAAUGAUGAAAAUUUUUAAAUUGAUUUUAAAUGCAACAAUUUAUUAACAAAUCCUAUUAUUUAUUAAUUAAUGGAUAAGUAAUUUAAUAAUCAAUAUUUUUAGAUUAUUGCCAUAAUAAAUAGCAAAAAAAGAGAAAGUAAAUUCAAUAUUUACUGAAUAAAGUAGAGUGGAAAAAAACAAUUAACCAAUUAUUGUUAAAAAACAAUUUUCAAUUAAAUAAUUGAAAUAAGAGAAUAUGGUUUAAUCUUAAACAUAAAAUUAAGUAUCUACUCCUACACAAAAGAAUUCAUAAUAGGUAAUAAUCUUCAAUUAAUUAAGAUGUCUUAAACUUAAGGAUUUUAAUCUUCAUAAUUUAAAUAAUAAGCCAACAUAAUUGUAAAACCAGGUUUAGAUUCUAAUGAAUUUGAAAUUCUAUAAAAUAAAUUAGGUCGUUAAUAAUAAGAAUUGGAAGAAUUAAAAUAAUUAUAUAAUAAUAAUAUGGUUCAAAAAAAGAAUGAACUUAAUUAAACUAAUUAAUAAAAUUAAUAAAAUGAUUAAUUAAAGAAAAAAAUUGAACUCUUAGAGACAAAUUUAGUAUAAUUAAAGAAUGAAAAUACUACUUAUAAAAAGGAAAAAGAUUAAAAAUAAAGUGAAGUUAUUGAAUUAAGAUCUUUUAUUCAAGAUUUAUAAGAUAAAUAAUUAAAACUAGAGAAAUUAGUUUAAUAAUAAUAAUAAUAAUAUUAAUAAUAAUAAUAAUAAUUUUAAUUAUAAUUAUAAUAACAAUAAUAAUAAGCAUCUCCAUAAUAAUUACCAAAUCUAAAUCCUGCUUAAUAAUAUUUAAAAAAAUAACAAAGCAGUUAAUCAACUAAAACAAAUACUCAAUUAUAAAUGAAUAUCUAAAUUCCUACAAAUAAUCUUGAUGAUAAAAAUAGAUUAUUUGUUAGAGCUUAAAGUUAAAUGAGUCAUUCUCCUGGAGAAGAAUUUAAAAAUGAAAUGGAUGAUACAAGUCCUAGAAUUAUUAAAUAAAAUUAAGCAUAUUUGCUUUAAUUAUUGGAUAUGUUAGAUUUAAAUACAUCUUUUACUAAAACUUAUACUAAAUUACAUUCAAAUAAUGAAAAUAAUUCUUGGGAAAGUGAUGUAUCAAUUGUCCAUAAUUUCAAACUUGAAGGUUUAAUAACUGAUUCAAAUGAUGGUAAAGUGUUAAUGCUUAAAGCUUAUAAUUAAUAAAAUAUAUUGUGUACGGAAUCAAUAUCAUUUGAUCUCUUAAAAAGUCUUCUAGGUUAUGUUGAUUUUUAAGAUACUCUACCAACAAAUCUACCAAAUAUUAGUACAACUCAUUAAUUCUUUAAAUUUUUAAUAUUACCUUAUACUGCAGUUGUAUAAGAUGAAAAUACUUAAUAAUAUAAAAUUUAAUUGUGGCCUAAACCAUAUGGAUUAUUAAAUGGAUUAAAUUUAAAAAUAGAUUUCUUAGAUCUUAAUUGUUUAGUAUAUGUUCAUCAUUUAGAAACUGAUUAAUUUAGAAUUAUUAUAUUUGAUCCUUCAAGUUAUGAUUGUUUCAAAUUAGAUUUAGAAAUGGAUUAUUCUUCAAUUGAUACAUUUUUUGUAGAUGCUAAAUCUAUUAAAGAUGAAUUUAAUUAUUAUUGUAAAAGUAAUCUAUUGAAAUUAACUGAAAAAACUCCUAAAUUUGGAGAUGAUGAUGUAGCUGAAGCAUUAGUAGAAAGACAUUUUUCAAAAGAUAAAGUAAAAAUAGUUUAAGCAGAUAUAAAAUAAAAUUAAUCUUAUAGAUAAGAAAAUUUAUUAUUAAAAUAACCAAUUGAAUUUCUGAAAUUUAUCAAAUCAAUAGUAUAAGUCUUUGAAUAAUAACUAAAAUUGCAAUAAAUUACAUUUCCUAAUAGUUUACUUGGUAUGAAAUAUUUCAGAUGUAAAACAUGGAAUGCUGGUACUAAAAGUUAAAUACAAAUUGUCAAAGAACAAUUAGAUCAAUAAUAAAUUUCUAUAUAUUUGGCUAAUUGUUUUGAAUCUUUUGGUCCAAACAAAUCUAAACUUAAAGCUAAAGGAACUACUCAUAUUAACUUUUCAGCUAUUCAAAGGGAAUUUGCUGUCUCUUAUGAUAAAUUAUAAAUUGAAGAAAGAGCAACUAUUCUAUAAACCAUUUUAUAUUCAUUUAACUUAAAUAUUUUUGAAAAAGCAUGUGAAUAGGAUGAAUAACAAUUUGAUAAAAACCCUAUUGUAUAAAAUAUAUAUGAUUGUGGUUCUUAUAGAAGGUAAUAAUAUUUACAUAUAUAUAUAUUAGAGUUAUUGCAUUUGACAACGGUAAAAUUGCAUAAGUAACAAUUUAAGUUAUUGGAUCAAAUAGAAGAAUGUGUGGUAUUAAAUUCUCUGUUUUUAAUAUUGAUGAAACAAUUGAAAAUGGAGUAUUUUUACCAGUAUCAUAAAGUGAAUGGGAUACUAGAGCAAUGGAAAAAUAAAAAAUUAAAGCAUCUGUUCAAAAUGUUCCAUUUGCAGAAUAUUUAUUAACAUAAAUUCUAAAAUGUGAAACAACAUAAAUUGUAAUAUAAAUAUUAAUUUAUUUUUAGAUAUUAUUUAAAAAGAUUUUGAAUGCUGAUUUCAAAUCAAAUUAAAUUAAUAGUAAUGAAAUUAAGAAAAGAAAGACUUUUAUUGAAAGAGUAGACAAUCUAUUAACCUGGCAAGAAGUCAUUGCAAAUUUAUGA